CAAGACAGUUGUUCGGCUGACGGGUAUACAACAUCGGUGUACACGCUGAGUAUCAGUUCAGCAACAUUCGAUAAUCGUCGUCCAUGGUACCUGGAAGAGUGUCCGUCGACCAUUGCUACAACAUAUAGCAGCGCUAAUAUGAAUCAACCAGCCAUCGUAACAGUUGAUGUUCCAAAUGGUUGCACUCGUUCGCAUACGGGUACCAGUGCAUCAGCGCCACUUGCUGCGGGUAUUAUUGCGUUGGCAUUGGAAGCUAAGUGA